AAAAGAAUUUCGAAAAUGUCUAAAUUAAGUGCAGGUUUAUUAGAUUUGAUCCUGGAACAACGUCGUCAAUCAGAUCAACAACCUAUUGUACAGAUUUUAGGUUCAAAAAUAAUGAGCAAUAAUCAUAUUCGUGCAAUCGUGUUUGAUGGUCAAACAAUCUGUCAACAUUGUAUUUUUAUUUCAUCAGAAAUUGAUCAACAAUAUAGUGAUGGUAAAUUGCAGAAAUUUACCAUUAUACGUUUGAAACAAUAUUCAUUAUCAUCGAUACCGAAAAAAGAUAAUAUUCCUGUUAUAUUGGUGCAACAAAUUGAUAUUUUAAGAAAUGGUAAUGAAAUUAAUCGACGAUUAAAACCAAAUGAAUCGAUCGAUACGGAAAUUGUAACCGAAUCGAAUGAACCAGUUGGCUCAGACAUUCGAAAUGAAACGACCGAUCAUCAAUCUGAUCAACCAUCAAAUCGAAAACAAAAUAAAAAUAAUAAUAAUAAUAAUAUACGUCCUGAAAACAUUACACCGAUAAAUGUUUUAACACCUUUUUUUAAUGCAUGGACAAUUUGUGGCCUUUGUAUUCAUAAAAGUCAGAUUCGUUGUUUCGCUUCGAAUCAACAUGCGGGUCGUUUAUUUACAUUCGAUUUGUGUGAUGAUUCGGGUGAAAUUCAUAUUGUUUGUUUCAAUGAUGAAUGUGAUCGUUUUUUCAAUUUGAUUGAUGAAAAACAAAUGUAUUUUAUCGGUCGUGGUAUGAUAAAAAUGGCAAACAAACGAUUUACAUCGAUUAAUAAUGAUUAUGAAAUUACAUUGACCAAGUCAAGUUUUGUUAGACCAGUAUGCAACGAUCAAAAUCAAGAUCAGAUUGAAAUACCAAAAAUGCGAUAUAAAUUCGUAGAAUUAUCAUCGAUCGUUGAUAUUCCGGCAAACACAAUGAUCGAUGUAAUCGGUGUAAUACGCUUGGUUUAUGAUAUGAAAACAUUGCUGAGUAAAAAAACAUCACGACAAAUGUCGAAACGUGAUAUUAUUAUUAUUGAUAAAUCAAUGGUUCAAGUACGAUUAACAUUAUGGGAUUAUAAUGCGGAAAAUUUUCAAGGUCAACCGGAUCAAAUUAUAGCAUUAAAAGGUGUAAUUGUUAAUGAUUAUCGUGGUAAAAUUUUGUCAACACGUGAUACUACACAUAUUUUAAUUGAACCUGAUUUACCUGAAAAAGAUCUAUUAAAAUUAUGGUAUCAAUCAAUUGUCGAACAAAAUGAUCUGUCAAUCAAUUUUAAAUGCCUUUCUUCGGAUCAAUCAGAAAACAGAAAUGAUAAUUUUAAUAAAAAACGAUAUAUUGCGUCAAUUACAUCGAUAGUGGUUGGUGAAGUAUUAAAAUUUCAAACAAAUGCUACGAUUAUUGGUUUCAAUUCAAUCAAAUAUCAUAUGUAUAAAUCUUGUGCAUCGUCAACGAAUCAAUGUUUGAAAAAAGUAUUGGAAAACGAGGAUGGAACUUACCAAUGUUUAAAAUGUAAUGAAAAAUCUAUCAAUUUUCAAUGGCGUAUGAUUAUACAAUUAUUUUUAGCUGAUUGUUCGGGAUCAUUUUAUGUAACCAUUUUUAAUAAUCAAAUUGAACAAAUAUUGAAAAAAUCCGUUUCCGAAUUGGCUACAUUAAUUCAAACGGAUGAAAAUCAAUAUUUAAAAAUUCUUAAUCAAAUCAUUUUUAGACAAUUUUCAUUCAAUAUUUAUAGUCGUAAUGAUUAUUAUAAUGGUGAAAUGCGUUUACGAAAUACUGUCAUACAAAUGAACGAAUUGAAAUCAAAAAAACAUUCAUCCAAUUUAUUACAAUUGAUUCAAACUAUGAUCAACUAA